CAUUACUCAGUCAGAAUAAAAGAGUCAAGCCGUUUACAGGGAGUAAUCACCCAGCCCGCGGGGCAUCAUCCCAGCAGCUUCAGGGUGUGGGCGGCGGGGAAUGUGUCGUCGGUGAUGGCUGCAGGAUGGGCCUCGUCACCUCCGCUGUACACCACGGUGCCGGCUCUCUUGGCGUGCUCGCUGAUGAGCUUCCCGGCGGCGGGGCUGCCGCUGCUGCUGCGCGAGAGGAGCUCCGCGUCAAUCCGUCCACACGUGCCGUCGUCGUUGAGCUUGAACACGCCCUCCUCCACUGCUUCGGGAUGCGCAAUGGCGUCACUGAUCGAAGGCAAAGCACAGGAAUGAACGGCACCGUCUCUCUUGAGCCCCUCUCUCUCUCUCUGUGUGCGUGUGUGCGUCUGUGUGUCCUUGCAUGAGCCGUGCAACGUUCUGCGAGCACUCCACAGUCUCGUCAGUGCUCGGCAUCCACCCCAUGCCGAUCUCGAGCUCGCGGAUGGACCGGCUGACGCCCCUCGCCACCAGCACCUCACGCAGCCUGUCGAUGUCGGCGGGUCUGCCCCAAUACAUCCGGACGCCGCGCAGUGUGCGAAGGGACUUCAGCGUUUUCCCGUCGGCGGGCAGCACACUCAGCACGCCGGCCGUCUCGUCAGCGAGGUUGAGCACCCCAAUGGAAUCACAGUCACCCAGCCAUGCCCUCGCACCCUGGACCUCUGACGCACCAAAAUUGUGGGGGAUGAGCGUCUUGACGGCGGGUGUCCGCCACUGGCGGCCCACGCGAGCAGCCAGGCACUCUCUGCGUAUUUUGUCGACCGUCUUGAGUGCGGGCAGGUGGACGGGGGCGGCGGGGGCGGGCGGCAGAGCAGAUGAGGGGGGAGGGUCGGAGAUGCGGAUGGUCCGGUCGAGCACAACCCGCUCGAAUGACAGCACCUCCAAUGUGCCCUCGUCAGCCGACCGACCGCCGUCAUCAUCUCGCCCAGCCGCGGCAGCAGCCGCCCCCUCCCCGCCCUCCCUCUCCCGUCGCUUCUUGUCUGCGAUGGCCCCCCUGCCGAUGGCGUGACCCUCUACUAAGGCCACCCAGGUCCCGCGACACCAUCCGUCUCGCAUCGCCGGCCAGCGGUGUUUGAUCUCUCGCACGUUGGUCGCCCUCUUGCCCCAUCUGAGUGCCACGGCCAGCGGCAUGGCCGCCCACAUGCGCCGCGCCGUGCCGUCCUCACAGUCGAUGACCAGGUUGGUGUAGUUGGCUGCCGACUGAUGGAAGAGGGGCGUGCCGAGGGGCCGGCGGUAGCGCGUCAGCUCCAAGGGCUGCAGGUGGCCGAACACGUUGGCCAACUCAUCACGGGACAGCCGACGACGGGCCUGAUGUGUCAAUCAACAGGACAUCAAAGUAAGGUCAAGAUGGUUUCGAUGUAUCAGAUCUGUCAGGUGUCGGUCUGACCUGUCCUUGGUUGUUCACAGGUGGAGGGUUGCCACUUCGAUGGAUCAAACGAUAGGACGGACCACUGGCCACAGAUGCCUGCCGAAAAGAGAGCAAGAACAACACAGACAUAGAGAGUGUCGUGCUGCGGCCAUCUGCUGUGCGCACCUCGGCAUCAUCCUGAGUGGCGGGAUUGGGUGCGGCCGCCAGGAUCGGCUUGAGUGCAUCCACCACCCGCGACACGUCCUCAUGUGUGCGGGUGAGCUGCGACUGUGCUGUGGCGAUGUGGGAGCUGACGAGGGCACGCUGCACAUGAAGCUCAAAUGAGCCGGCCGACGGUGCCUGCGAAUAAAUCGACAGCAGCAAUGUGCGAGAGCGAUGCAGCAGUGUGUGUGACGUACCUGUCCAGAGAGGCCGGGAGGCUGCGCUUGCUCAAAGUGAGACCGCACCGCGCCAAGCUGCACGACAAAGACACAUUCACAGAGUCGAUGACUCUUUUCGUGCAGGCAGGCAGGGCAGGCACACCGCUGUGUUGAGCUCUUGAAGGUGCCGCAGGCCCUCCUCGACUGCCCGCGUACCCUCCCUGACCUGCACAGUCACACACGAGAAUGGACGACAAUCAUGAGAUCUGAUGAAACGAAUCUGUCCGUAGCCGUUGCUUGCCCACCUGAUGCACAUCCAUGAUGCUGACAGGCUUUUUGAACGAGGAAACGACGAUUUUUUUCGUC